AUGUGCGGCAUCUUCUGCUCUAUCAGCAGGACUGCACACAUAGCACCAUCUCCAGAGCUUCAAGAACGCCUCAGCAGUCGCGGGCCUGACAGCGCCAGGGCCGUACUAAUUUCUGCCGACGAGGCCGAACUGACAUUAUCCUCUACGGUUCUGAGCCUUCGCGGCUCGAAGACAGUCACACAGCCUUAUCAGGACAAUUACAAACGCCACACCCUUUGCUGGAACGGAGAAGCGUGGAGUACCGACGGCAAGGCUCGAACAGGAAACGAUACAGAAGCAAUCCACCAGCUUCUCGUGGCCAGUGUGGACUCGGCUAACGAAGAUGAUAUGACUUUGGAUCAGAGCGCCGCUCGUGUGGCUACGGCACUUUCGCGUGUCGCUGGACCCUACGCUUUCGUGUUCUACAAUGCGUCCCGCAGCAGGCUCUACGUUGGACGAGACUUCCUUGGGCGGCGCUCCCUGUUGUUCAGGACAACUGCAGAUGGAGACUUGCUUUUCAGCAGCGUGUCUUCCGGCGAAUCAGAACUGGAGUGGCAGGAACUGCCUGCCGAUGGCGUUUACUGCUUCGCGCUCGACACUGCGAUGGUUCCGGAAUGUACGACUCGGCUGUUUGGCACAUUUUCUGCUGGACAUUGUCCAUUUGCCUUCUCCAAUGAAGGUCAUGAUAGUGUAGGUCAAGUGGCGGUUAUCCCGAUGAGCACUCCAGCUCAUUCACAGCAUCUUGCAUUGACGGCCCUGUCGCCAUCGGUCUCUCGACUCGAAGAGCUGCUCCAGGACUCACUGUCUUUGCGAGUGAGCAACAUUCCUGGGCCUCCAGGCACUGAGGACAGCGACGGCAGCAUAUCCAAGCUGGCAGUUCUGUUCUCCGGUGGACUGGAUUGCACGGUCCUUGCGCGAAUGGCUCAUGACCUGCUACCUGCGCACGAGCCGAUUGACCUUCUGAAUGUAGCCUUUGAAAAUCCUCGUAUACACGAUGCCUCUCUUGGUGGCGUAUCAGCCUUCGAACUGUGCCCGGAUCGGAUCACAGGCAGAGCGUCUUUCGCAGAGCUACAAGAAGUAUGCCCUGGACGAUUGUGGCGGUUUGUGGCAAUUAACGUUCCGUACGUUGAAACAAACGAACAUCGCCAGACAGUCAUUUCGCUUAUGCAUCCUCACAACACCGAGAUGGACCUCAGCAUAUCAUUCGCACUGUAUUUCGCUGCUCGCGGUCGUGGCGGGGUUACUCGCACGGCGGAUGGUGAUAUUGUACCAUACAUCACCUCAGCGCGUGUCCUCCUGUCCGGGCUCGGCGCGGAUGAGCUUUUCGGUGGAUAUACACGCCAUGCAACCGCUUACCGACGCGGAGGCGUGCCUGGUCUUCUUGACGAGCUGGAGCUGGAUGUUGGUAGGCUCGGCCAGCGAAAUCUUGGACGAGAUGAUCGGGUCAUGAGUCACUGGAGCCGAGAGGUGCGUUUCCCGUUUCUGGACGAGGACCUACUGAGCUGGGCUCUUGCAGCGCCAGUGGACGAAAAAUAUGGACUUGAAAACCCAGUGGCCGACUCACUGUCAUUCUCUCCCGAGACCGAGGGUAGCAAUAUGCUUGAGCCAGGAAAGAAGGUGCUUCGGUGCUUUGCCUGGAAGCUCGGGAUGGAAGCCGUUGCGAAGGAGAAGAAGCGGGCUGUAAGCAUUGAGGAAGGAUGUAGUGACAUGUGCCGCUUGCUGAAUACAAUGCAGAUCCAAUUCGGCGCACGUACCGCGAAAAUGGAGAAGCGCAAGACCAAAGGCACACAGCUGCUGUUCUAG